GUAACAAUUCAUCAUUAAUCAAGAUGUCCUCAGCACCUGAGCCCCCAAACAUUAAAAAAGAAGCACCCAAAGAGAGAGACAUUCGAAUUCCAGGACUCCGGGGUGUCCGUACAACCACCCUGUUCCGAGCUGUGAAUCCAGAGCUUUUCAUUAAACCUAACAAACCUGUUAUGGCUUUUGGACUCAUAACAAUUACCCUGUGUGUGGCCUACAUUGGUUAUUUACAUGCAACACAAGAGAAUAAAAAGGACCUCUAUGAAGCUGUUGACAGUGAAGGAGCCAGGUAUAUGAGGAGGAAGACUUCCAAAUGGGAUUAAAGAAGCUGCUUAAUAACAGAGAAGGAAAGAGGAGUAAUUGGCAAUGUAGGCAUCUGAAUUGUUAAUGUUAAAUUAGAUGUCUGCUAACUUUUCUAUGCAAUUCCUGGAAUGAUGUUUGUAAAAUUUAAUCUAAUUUCUAUUCCAUUUUACAAUGCCAUGCCUGUACCUAUAAACUUUACAGAAGACAUACAAAGUAAUAAAGUGUUACAGUUGUCUGA